GGCCGUUGGGCGCGAGGCCGGCGCAUGGCGGACGCGGCGCUGUUCGAGUUUCUGCACACGGAGAUGGUGGCGGAGCUAUGGGCGCACCACUCCGACCCUGGCCCUGGGGGACAGAAGAUGAGCCUGUCUGUCCUGGAGGGCAUGGGCUUCCGUGUGGGCCAGGCCCUGGGCGAGAGGCUGCCCCAGGAGACACUGGCCUUCAGAGAGGAGGUGGACAUCCUCAAGUUCCUGUGCAAAGACCUGUGGGUGGCCGUGUUCCAAAAGCAGAUGGACAGCCUCCGCACCAAUCACCAGGGGACCUACGUCCUGCAGGACGAUAGCUUCCCUCUUCUCAUCCGGAUGGCCUCGGGCCUGCAGUAUCUGGAGGAAGCACCCAAGUUCCUGGCCUUCACCUGCGGCCUCCUGCGAGGCACCCUCUGCAUCCUGGGCAUCAAGAGCCUGGUCACCGCCUCCGUGGCAUCCCUGCCCACCUGUAAGUUCCAGGUGGUGAUUCAGAAAACCUGAGGAGCCCCAGGCCCUCACCCCCCGCUGAGCCUCACGGCCACCGCAGGCCCAGGGACCUCGGAGCACCGCUUUUGGGGGUGGCCGGAGGGCUCGGGUCGGGGACCCCAGGCUCUGUGGGUGAUGGACAAGAGCGGGGGUGCAGGGGUCCAACCGCCCUAGGGCAUCAUGUGUGCUCCCCAAGUGGGUGUCAUAGGGAGGUCGGGGUGUCCUAGGAACAAGGUGGCCCAAGUUGGGGCCAGUGUGAAAGGAUCCCUGCGUCAGACUCCUGCCUCUGCAUGGCGGAUACCCAAUAAAGGUUCUAUAUGUGCA